UAUUGUUUAAAUGUUAAAUAUUACAACAAACCAAACAUGUGUUAAUGUGAUUUACCAUAUUACGGAAUACAACGAGCAUUUAAGUUCUUUCACAAAAAAAAAACUUCUUUUAAUGCUAAGUUGUCAAGAUUAAAGUUUAAUCAAUAGAUUAUUGGCUUGCUGGUAUCCAAGUUAAACAACUUGUGAUUCUUGAUAGAGGAAAGAAUCAAAAAUCAAUAAAACCUCAAAAUGGAUGGCUUACUAUCUGCAAGCGAUAUGCGCGGUUUAGUGGAUCUGUUGAAGUAUCCUGAUGCUGACAAUGAUAGUUCAAGCGAUGAUGAUUUGCCAAAAUCAGGCAUUUCUAAACUUGGGCCAGGAGAUAUUGGUAAGAAGGUCAAGAUUAAAAUAAAAGGAAAUUCAAAGAAAGGAGGUGGUGAUGAGCAAGAAGAAAAAGGUGAUCCUCUGAGUAUCUGGGAUUUAUCCGAGGUACCUGAAGUGCCUUACUCAGAUGAUGCAGUUACAGAUCCUCGAAUCAAACCUGAAUGUGAUAUAAAAUUUAAACAAAUGGUAGGCUCCGAAGAUGUAUUUUUACAGUUGUCUGCAAAAACACCAGCAACUGCAAGUUGUGAAUGUAUGACGAUAACGAUGAACUUGGAAGGAGAAGUGAAGGAUGAUGUGGACUGCCACUUAACAAAAGAACAUUUGGAUAUUCGAUCACCGAGAUACCGACUUAGCAUGCCACUACCACAUCCAGUAGACACAGAGUCAUGUACAGCAGAAUGGGAUGCCGAUCAUUGUAAAUUGACUCUUAACCUUACAUUGAACAGGGAAUAUGACUAUGUGAAUUUCUAAAAAAGAACUUGUAGCAAAAUGUUCUAUUGUUUAUUAAUCCGGACAAAUAAAAAUUUACCAAUUUGAACUGACUAUAUUUAUAACAAUGUUGUCCUCUACAUAAGUACAUUUACAUUGUACACUCAAUAUAUUUAUAUAUAUAAAAAGUAAAAAUGUGUUCAAACAGCAUUUUUUAAGAGGCAAACAACCGUUUGCUUUUGGUAAUGUGGAGCCUUGGCAACUGUAAAAUCCACUACCUGAAGAGAGGCAUACAGUUAAUGACAAUUGACCAUAAAAAUUGUUUUCUAAGAAUGUUAAAUAUGGGGAGUUUUAAUAAUUAAUAAAUAAUGCCAUGAAUAUUUCAUUUUAUAACUAUUUAUGUACAUUUUUUUUGUAUAAUUGAGUUUUAGCAUUAACAAAUUUUAAUUGAAUUACAAAUGUAUUAUGAGAAAGUCACUGAGAUCAUGGCAUGUAGAACAAAUAAUCUUUCAUUUUCUUUUGUAAUCAUUACCAUAAGUCACAUUCCAAAAAAUUUAAAAAAAAUGUACAAAAUAAAUAAUUUAAAAAAUGCCUCUCCAUAAAAUAUAAUCAUUAAUAAAUAUUGAUUAGAUUUUAAUCUAAAACUUUCAUUUGGUGUGGAGGAUAAAACUAUGCAAGCAGGAUUUUUAAUAAUCAAUCUAACCUACAUAAAUUAAUUAUAUAAUACUUAGUAAUACCUCCAUUUAUUGAAUAAGAUACUGCCCAUCAAUAGAGUACCUCUUUCCACAACACAAAUGAAGCGAAGCUUAGCCUCAACUAUUGAUUCUGUAUAAAACGUAAACAUUAAAUUAAGCGAUUUUUUGUUUUUAACCAGACAAAAUAUAGAACAAUUUUUGAACUUAUGGUACAAUUUACAAUAGGCAUCAUCACUAUCUGUUUGUGAUGUAAAAUUUGUUGGUUUUUUUCUUAAAUCUUUGUCACAACUAAAAUGCACCACACUUUUCUUCUCCAAUUAAAUGCACAAAAAAAAAAUGCCAUCGAUUUUAUGAUAAAUAUAACCCAGUCUUAAUCGAGGCAUUCGAACUAUUAACUAAGCAAUUUUUAAAUAUUUACAAUGUGCUAUUUAUAUAUUUAUUUAUAUAUAUAUAUAUAUUAUAUAAGAGCAGAGACUUUUAAUAAAUUUGUCCCCUCACCUUGUUCAUUAACUGAAUCACUUUACAAGUCAAUUUUCUAUCAUGAAUGUACACAUGAUUUUAGGCUAAUUAAGAUUUGUAUUCUUUUUUUAAUAAUUAUUUUUAUUAUUAUGUACAAUGUGAGCUACACUAAAUUUGUGCCGGGAUAAAAAUAAAAACAAUAAAAUAAAAACAAUAGUUCGAGCUGUCGUCAAUUUAUGAAAAUGUCAAAACUGAAGUACUGUGACAGCACAAUUUUAUAUGUUAAUUUUUUAAUCUGGACCUGUAAAUUUAAAUUCUUAAUAACAUGACAAAUAGAAAAGAUCACAUAUAUAUAUAUAUAAAUAUAUAUUUAUCAAGUAAAAAAAAAA